AUGCGCUGCCGCCUAUGUAUGUGCUUAUGAAUGUGUGUGCAGAGGCGUACACACAGAUACAGCGCUUACUGUGUGCAACAUUUGCCGUCACUUUUAGUCGUUCGCCGUUCGUUGGUAGUCGUCGUUGUCGUUUCGAGUGAAUCGAAUGUAAGAUAACCAGUCACACACUGUGAGCGACGCUUUGAGCUGUGGAUUCCUCUUACUUUAAUUAAUUUUUCUGCUGUCUAUCAACUGCAACAGAGGUCGUGAACACACACACACUCACAGACACACCUACACAAAUUAUUCAUAUUAUUAGUUUGGUCAAGUAACUAAAAAACAAAAAAAGCCACAAAAUGUCGACAGUCGAUAAGGAAGAGCUGGUCCAGAAGGCAAAAUUGGCCGAGCAGUCAGAACGCUACGAUGACAUGGCCCAGGCCAUGAAAUCAGUCACAGAGACGGGCGUCGAGCUGUCAAAUGAGGAAAGAAAUCUGCUCUCCGUUGCCUACAAAAAUGUGGUUGGAGCGCGCAGGUCAUCGUGGCGUGUUAUUUCCUCCAUUGAGCAAAAAACCGAAGCAUCCGCCAGAAAACAACAGCUCGCCCGCGAGUACAGAGAGCGUGUGGAGAAGGAGCUUAGAGAAAUUUGCUAUGAAGUUCUGGGACUUCUGGACAAAUAUCUUAUUCCAAAAGCCAGCAAUCCAGAAAGCAAGGUUUUCUAUUUGAAGAUGAAGGGAGAUUAUUACAGGUAUUUAGCUGAGGUCGCCACAGGAGACGCACGCAACAACGUCGUUGAGGACUCGAAAAAAGCUUAUCAAGAGGCAUUCGAUAUUGCGAAAACUAAAAUGCAGCCAACACAUCCAAUCAGAUUAGGUCUUGCACUCAACUUUUCCGUCUUCUAUUACGAAAUUAUUAAUUCACCAGCGAGGGCUUGUCAUUUAGCUAAACAGGCGUUCGAUGACGCGAUAGCCGAGCUGGACACACUGAACGAGGACUCAUACAAAGACUCAACACUCAUCAUGCAAUUGUUGAGGGAUAACCUGACUCUUUGGACCUCCGAUACCCAGGGAGAUGGCGACGAGCCACAGGAGGGCGGUGACAACUAACCAAACAACUAAAAAGUUUCCUUUUUGACUAUGCAAAUAUUAUUCAGUAAUACAAACAAAACAAAACAAACAACAAACAAAACAAAUGAAAUAUAAAAACAAAUCUUUGGGAGUCGAAAGCAGCAGAGCAGUAAUGUAAUAAUAAAAGCAACAUCAAAUCAACAUCAACAUCAGCAUCGACACGAAACACAAACACAAACACAAACCAAACAAAACAACAUUAAACAUUAAACAAUACAGCAGGAUACUGAUGCAGCUUGCGGCUGUGUGAUGAUAGUUUGAGGCUGAGAGAUGUGUAGAAGUGGGACUAUUGUCAUACAACUAAUUGAAGAGUAAACGGAAUCUGGCUUGGGCGGUAUGUUUAUCUUGUAUACAAAUUGCAAUUUAUUGCAAUAAAAAAAUGUAUUCGAGCCAGUAUUGUUAAAUGAGAACAACCUUAAAAAAAAGAAAAAACAAAGCUGAUUAAAGUCUAUAAAAGAAAAUGUUAAUGAAACCCAAACGUCUUAAUUUGCUUCACAUGCCGUUCAAGUUGUCUUUGUUAUAGUAAUAGGCUCUUGCAAAUAUUCACAAGCAAAUUUCAAAAUCAAACUAUCCGAGUCAAAUCUUAUAUAAUUAUCUAAAUAAAAUUAUCAGCUAUCAAGAACAAGAGGAAUUACAGUGUGUGCGUGUGUGUGUGUGUAUGGCAAUGAUGUGAAUUUCGUUUUGUGUAGUUAAUAUUACUAUUCCGCUGUUUCGGCCAAUUGCGUACACUAUACAUAUGCCUAAAAGUAAUAUUAUUUAUUAUAAUUAUGUUUUAAUAAAUAAUUAUCAUUUUGUUUUCUAUUAACAUACAGAACACAAGACACAGUCAACAAAUAAAAAUUAAUUGUCUUUUAUUUUUUGUUUAAUGCGCUGCGUCGCUUUCCUUAAAAACAAAGGCUAUAAUUGGUUUAUACAACAUUUCUAUGUAAUUACAAAUAAUGCCCAUUUAUUUUUCGUCGUCAAAGAACAAUCUGCAUUGCUGCAGAGCCCCGUGCGAACCAAAAGAAACAAAUUCUGUAUUAUUUGUAAUUCUUUUUUUCUAAAAUACAACAACAAAUAAAAAAAAAAACAACAUAAAUCUUAACUUUUAUUUGAACCCUUUAUAUUACAUUUUGAUUUCGUUCAUUUAAAACAAAGUGGUGCAUUUAGAAUGCAGUUCAAAUAAUAUCAUUUAAUAUCAUUUUAGUUUUCCAAUUGCAAAGUAAAGCCAAAGAAUAAUGUUGAAGAUUGAAAAAUGUAAAGAAUGUUCCCUCAAUGGGCAGGAAAAGAGUUAAUUCCAACUUGCGGACAGCUUUAAGGGCAUGAGUUCUAUUGUGCCGGUUGGAAUUUUUCAUUUGAUUUUUCAAUACUCUUGUAUCUUUGCAUGUAAAAGUAAUCGGUUAAUUGUCGGGGAAUAAACAAAAAAGUAACAAAAAAAACAAAAAAAAAACAAUUCCAGGGCUUUUGCCAUCUGGAUGAAAAGAAUAAUUCGUAUCGAUGCGAUAAAUAUUUAUAGCGUACUUAUAUAACACUUACUUAUAUGCAAUUAUGCAAAAGCAAACAGCAAUAUAACAGUAUCAAUGUGCAAUUGUUAUACUUAAAUGUCUCAGUGUUUUAUUUUUAUUAUUAUCAUCUAUGUGUUUCGAUGUAAACCCCCUCCCAAAAAAAAAACAAAAACGAAAAAAAAACCGGUGUGUGAAGCAAGUGAAAAUACAUCAUAAAAUCUAAAUUUAUUUUUCGAACGAUGCUAAUUAUUGGCAUUGGCUUUAAGAUGCUGCUAAACUCAUCUAACAUCAACACAUAUUGCUUUAUCGUUGAUACUCACACACAUACAUACAUAUGUAUGUACAGACAUACAUAUGUAUGUAUGUGUGUGUGUACAUACACAUUUAGUUUUGUUCAUCGAGGCGUUUCAUUGAAUUCAAACUUCAUCAACUGGCAGUAACAAAAGAACAGGAAAUGAUAACUAAUCAAAAUCCAAAAUACCUAUAUUGAAAGCUAAGUAUAUUCAAUUUUAAUUCAAGACGGCGACAACAAAAGCUACAAAAAAAAACCGAUAAUACACAUAUAUGCACAUUUAUAUAUAUAUACAUAUAUACGAUUAUUGUCCAGGAAAUUCAAAUGAUAUGCAAAUACGUAUUUGUAUUCAUGUGUGUGUGUGCAUAAGAACAGUAACUGUAUAUUUUCGCAAUUGAAUUUUACGCUUACAAUAUACAUAAAUAUAUAUAUAUAUACAUAUAUAUAUAUGUGAGGUUAGGUUUUUGUCGCAACGCUAAAAAUGUCGAAUAACCAAUGAAACUGCAAAACAUAAUACAUACAACACUUAAAAGAUCCAAAAUGAGUUAUAAUAAUAAUAAAAGAAAAA